CGUCUCUCCUCUUUCUUCGUCCGUUUCAACCCAUCGACCCCAGCACUGCCGAUUCGUGGUCUUCGUCGCUCCGUCAGGCCGGCGAUCGCGGCAGCAACCGAUGGGUCUCGUUCCAGGGAAACAGCGCCGGCGACCCCACCUCCCUCUCCCUUCUUCGACGGCGUGCAAGAUUUCUGGCUGGUCCAGCGUCGACGACGGGGGUUCCAGCGGCGAGCUCCGUCCCAAGGCAACCAGCGCUGGCGACCGUCCUUCCCCUUUUCCGCCGGCGUGCGCGCGAGCCGCGACGAGUCACAGCGGCAAUUUUCCCCUUUCUCCGGUUCAAGUUCCCUUCAACAAAUUCGAGCAUCUUCUCCGGCGACCCGCCGGCAACGUCGGCGACAAGCUUGACGGGGACUGGGCAGCAGCUCUAUUUGGACCAAUUGGGUUCAAUUGGCAUGAGUUGGUUCCAAUUGGGUUUAAUUGGGUCUAAACGGAUUCAAUUGGGCUAUUUAGAUUCAAUUGGGUGCCAUUGGAUGUGAUUGGACUGUUUUGGGUUAAUUGAUGUACUGUUCGGGUUGUUUUGAAUCGCCCAACGGGGCUGUUUGGCAUGGCUUCGGGUUUGGGCAGCCGGGGCGGCUAUCGGUGGGGGUGCCGGG